AUGGCGACACGAGACGUGACGCGUCAGUUCCUGCAGCUGCGCGCGGAGGAGAAGGCCAAAGUUCUGCGACGGAAGAAUAUCGUGAGCCAUCGUGAAGAGGGCAACGCGCUGAUAAAGAGCGCAGACCAGGAAUCCACCAGCGUUGCCAUCGCUCCCGGGUGGGUGGACGUCGUCAAUGGCACCAAUCAGCACGUGGCGCGUAUCAAGGAGAUGAUGGAGAAGCUCAAUAAGCUACAUACGAGCCGCCUGAUGGUGCGCUUCGACGGUCAAGAGUCAAAGUAUGAGCGUGAGAUCGACCAGUUAACGCAGGACAUCACGGACGAGUUCCGCAGUGCUGAGAAGGGGUUACGGCGUAUGGCACAGAGUGACCGGGAUGGAGAGUUCUCGGCCGCUGACGCGAAGACUAGGCAGAACGUACAGAGAGCACUGGCAACGCAGCUCCAGACGCUGUCGGGCGACUUCCGAAAGUCACAAAAGACGUACCUCGCACGUGUGAAGAACCAGAAAGAAGGCCCCGUAGAGUUUGACUUCCUAGCAGAAAAUGACGCUAAGCAGAAACGACGUGGUGGAGCGGACACGGGAUUCACACAGGCUCAGAUCACGGAGGUGGAGAUCGCUGAGGACGUCAUCAACGAGCGCGACCAAGAGAUUCAACGCAUCGCCACGUCCAUCACGGAGUUGGCUACAAUAUUUAAGGAAUUAGCUGUGCUUGUGAUCGACCAGGGUACAAUCUUGGAUCGCAUCGACUACAACAUGGAGCAGGUGGUGGAGCAGACCGAGAAAGGUAUCGAGGAAUUGGAAAAAGCAGAGGAGACGCAGAAGAACAGUCGCCCAAUGAAGUGCAUCGGACUGCUGCUCGUCCUCAUCUUCGCCAUGACAUUGCUGCUAGUACUCAAACACUCGUAG